UGAUUGCGAGGCAUUGCAUGCACUUUGAAGCAGUACAAAGAUUACACAGCUCCUUAGAAGUCUGUUUCACCCUGAGUUUAAAGGAUGCUGCCCUUGGUAGAUCAUCUCCUGGAAGCUUUGCAUUUGGAAAAUACACCAUUCCGGGUCUAUGCAGUCACAGCCCUGCUCUUCCUUUUCCUCUUCUUUAUCAGUCGCACAAUACUUAAGGUGGUGAGCUUCAUCCAUGCGUACAUCGUCAAUGCACAGAGGCUCCGCUGUUUUCCAGAGCCCCCAAGGCGUAGCUGGCUUUUUGGACAUUUGGGAAUGUUCUUGCCGAAUGAAGAAGGACUACAAGAAGUCAGCAAUAUAUUAAAACAUUUUGCAAAAUCCUUCAAGACUUGGAUCGGACCCAGCAUCUCCAUAGUAUCACUUAUUCAUCCAGACACCAUCAAACCUAUGGUUGCCGCCUCAGCUGCCAUUGCUCCUAAAGAUGAGCUAUUUUAUGGAUUUCUGAGACCCUGGCUUGGAGAUGGCCUUUUACUCAGCCGAGGAGAGAAAUGGGGAAAGCAUCGCCGACUGCUGACCCCCGCCUUUCACUUUGAUAUCCUAAAAGGCUAUGUGAACAUUUUCAACCAGAGUGCUGACAUCAUGCAUGCUAAGUGGAGAAAAUUGGCUGCAAAUGGUCCCAUAUCACUGGACAUGUUUGAGCACAUCAGUCUAAUGACAUUGGAUUCCCUACUGAAAUGUACUUUCAGCUAUGACAGUGACUGCCAAGAGAAGCCCAGUGAUUACAUUGCUGCAAUUUAUGAACUGAGUUCUCUAGUGGUGGAACGUAAUCAAUUUUUGCCCCACCACAUUGACUUCAUAUAUUAUCUCUCUUCCAAUGGACGGAGGUUCCGUCGGGCUUGCAAUAUCGUGCAUGGCUUCACAGCGGGAGUUGUACAGCAGAGAAAGGAAGCCCUGCGAGAUAAGGGGGUCGCUGAAUGGAUUAGGUCCAAGCAAGGGAAAACCAAAGACUUCAUUGAUAUAUUGUUACUUUCAAAGGAUGAGGAUGGAAGCCAGCUAUCUGAUGAGGAGAUGAGAGACGAAGUGGACACAUUUAUGUUUGAAGGACAUGACACAACAGCCAGUGGUUUAUCUUGGAUACUGUAUAAUUUGGCCCGUCACCCAGAAUAUCAAGAGAAGUGCAGGGAGGAGAUUAGAGAGCUAAUCCGAGGAAAAGACACUGAAGAACUGGACUGGGAUGAAUUGUCUCAGCUGCCUUUCACCACCAUGUGCAUGAAGGAAAGCCUAAGACUACACCCUCCUGUAACUGCUGUUUCCAGACGUUGUACCGAGGACAUCAAAUUACCUGAUGGCAAAGUUAUUCCAAAAGGUAACAUCUGCCUGAUAAGUAUUUAUGGAACCCAUCAUAACCCUUUAGUAUGGCCAAAUCCACAGGUAUAUGAUCCAUACCGUUUUGAUCCAGAGAAUUCUAAGGACAAAUCUCCACAUGCAUUUAUUCCAUUCUCUGCAGGUCCCAGGAACUGCAUUGGACAGAACUUUGCCAUGUCCGAGAUGAAGGUUGUGCUGGCUCUUACUCUACUCCGUUUCAAAGUGAGCAUCGAUGAAACAAAGGCUGCACGCAGGAAGCCGGAGCUAAUUUUACGUGCAGAGAAUGGACUGUGGCUGCAGGUUGAGGAACUGAAACCAUAAUACUGUUUUAACAGAGGAAUCAGUGGAUACACUUGAUAAACUUAUCGUGUGUGGCGUUAAACAUUGAUUUAAUGAAAUUUUAGCUUAUGUGUUUGUAGGGAAGGCUUAUAAUACUUUUAGAUUAUUAUAAAAUUGCUAAACGUCCUAUGUUUUCACAAUUAGAAUUUGUUUGUUUGUUUUUUGUCACACAGAUAUUUCUUUUAAUAUAUCUCUUAAAUGUGUGAUAUGCAUCAAUUUUAAAGAUAUCUUGUUUACUUAAAUAUAAUUAAAUAAUUCAAAACAAAUAUUAAUCUCAAACAAUAUACACAAAUUUGACAGUACAGUACAAAGCGAUAAUAACCACAAUUUAUUUCACAGAAAGGAUAACAGUAAUAAAAAAGAGAUAAAAAGCAAUGUGUUUAUAAAAUGUAUACCCCAAGCUCCAUAACCACUACAAUGGUACUUUUGCUAAUGGUUUGACUUCUUACCUGGUGUCCCCAUGGAGCUUCCAUUAGUUCUCCUGAGCUAAAUCUUGCCAGACAUGGCCAACUUAUUAAGCAUGUCAGUGGACCCCUCUUAGUCAAUGAGCAAAUCCCUGCACCGCCAGGAGGUGGCUGGUGCCUGGCUAUGCACAGAUUAGAAAUCAAACCCUUAGCAAACAGUUGGACUAUUUACAUAAGGGGGCAUCAGGGAACUCGAGGCACUAUAAAUACUACAGUACCAGCAGUGGUUAUGAUGCUUGCAGUGUUCCUUCAAAACAUCAUAAUACAAUCAUGGUUAUUCACUACAUUUUUAAUAUGUAACAAGCCAAACCGGGUAUCGUUGUAUUGUGGAGAAUCCCAAAUGGUGCUCUAUUAAUAUAUUAUAAUAAUG